ACGGAUUCGCUUGCGAGCUUCCAACUGCAUGCCCCUCAGUAUCGGGCGCCUUCAGCGGCACCACCUUCAACAACAACAAUGGACGUUGAAGUAAUGGCCGCCGCAACAGCUGCUGUGGCUGACGCGUCUGCAACGGCAAAUCAUCAUGAGCUACAUAUCGGCAAUCUUCCGAAGGGUACGGAAGCCAAGGCGGUCGUGGACGCUCUCCAGAGCCAGUCGGGGUUCACCUUCCAAGUCCUGACGUGUUCCGUGAAGCACAACUCACGCAGCGGCAAGUCCUACGCGCUUGCCAGCGUGGAGAGCAAGUCGAUCUUGCAGAAGAUCGUUCGGGUGAGCAACGUAGGACCGGGCAUUCGCAUCGACAGCAGGAAACUCCAAGUAAACCCGUCGAACAGGUCAGGGCCAGUAUGCCACACUCGACCUGAGCAAAUCAGCACAGUUUCGGUUAAAUCUUUCUCCUUGGGUGUAUUCAUGGAACGCAGAAACACCUUCUUCCACCGCUGGUCUUCGUCACCAGAGUACAAGGCUGUCAAGUGUACCAUGAACCUGGAUGACAAUACAAUAUCGCUUCAGAUCUCGUCAGACGCAUUUCACUAUAUGCUCAAGUUCUCCAUAUGGGAUCUUGAUAGCUAUGUUGUCAUGGCAGACAGUUACGGAACAGCGCAGAAGCUAGCUCUCUGCUUUAACCUGGCUGCAGAGGUGUAUCGAAUUCCGCAGGCGAAGAACACAGGUGACCUCGAGGCCGAGGAAGAGUCUUCGAACGACAUGGAGUACGUAUUUGACGAUGCGCAGUCCCCAGCCUGGGAACGCACACUGGAUACAUUCACGACUUGUAGCGACGUUCUGGGACAAUACUUUCACGUGCUCUUGGAUGGAAGCGGUCGACCUCAUCUGACACGCUUUGUCUGUGAGCUACAAAACAAAUACGAGGAUCUUGAGUUUAUUACGCAAGGUUUCAACGUCAUGCCUCUACCGAUCACACUCAGCCGUCGUCGGUAUGAUCAGAUAGCCUUGAAGUACAACCAUCGCUUCCAGGAGCUCUUUCAACUGGAGGUACUCGUCGCGCAGGGUCUGAUCUAUCGUGAGAUGCUCAGUGCGGAGUUUUUCCGAGCACUGGCGCAAGACAGAGCAUACCAAGCGUUGCGUCACUACAUGUUGUCUGGGGAGAGGAAGGUUAUGGAGUAUCCACUGGCCGAUCUGCGCGAUGGCAUCGCUCUGGUCGCAAGAGGAGCUGCUGCCCUGGGCGAUGACAUGGGUAGCAGACCACCGUUGAGUGACCAGUCGGACGCGGGCGACGGAGGCCAGACGCACGUCUGGGUCUAUCGGCUCAAUGUCACGCCUCUCACCACGUACGCCAUAGGGCCGGAAUUGGACAUACCGAACCGCGUACUGCGACACUACAUACGCAAGAACCCAGGGCUGAUACAAAGCUUUCUCCGAGUGCACUUCGUCGACGAGAAUCAGCAGCGACUGCGAGUUGGCAACGCGGAACACCCCUUGCAGGAUAUCCUCGACGACGUUAAGCGGAAGCUGGUGGAGGGCAUCAUGCUGUGCGGACGACGCUACAGUUUUCUGGCAAUGUCCAACAGCCAGCUGCGUGAGCAUGCCUGUUGGUUCGUCUGCACUGCCGGUGAUGUGUCGGCAUCGUCAAUUCGCCAGUGGAUGGGCGACUUCCAGGGCAUCAAGAAUGUGGCCAAGUAUGCAGCACGCAUGGGCCAGUGCUUCUCCAGCACGUCAACAUCCGGUCGUCUUGUCAUUCAGGAACACGAGUACGACAUCGUAGAAGAUAUCAAGACACCAGCCGUCCCCGGACAGAAGACGUACACGUUCUCCGACGGCAUCGGCAUGAUCAGCCACGAGUUCGCUAAGGAGGCUCUGACAAGUACGCAGCUGAAAACAAGUGGUCAGGCGGCAGCAUUCCAGAUCCGCUUUGCCGGGUUUAAGGGCGUCGUGGCCGUCAGCUGUGACCUGCCGCGGCAUCUCAAGCUGCGUCUGCGCCCGAGCAUGCGCAAGUUUGAGAGUAGCCAUCUGCAGCUGGAGGUGAUCCAGGUAGCGCGGCGGUUCCCCGGCCAUCUCAAUCGCGAAAUCAUCCUGCUGCUGAGCACUCUCGGAAUAAAGGAUGACGUGUUCAUAGGACUGCAGCGCGGCAUGAUCGGCAAGUUAAACUUAAUCACGGAAAAACGAAAGGCAGCUAUGGUGGAGAUCGCAAGAAGCCAUUGUCUUCAGGAGGUCUACGCCACCACCACCACCAUGCAUGCCAUGAUGGCCGCAGGAAUCAGCCCCGGCGGAGAUCCUUACCUGCAAGGCCUUCUUCUGGCUUACCGUCAAAACUAUCUGCUCAAUCUCGAGGACAAGGCACACAUCAAUGUCGAGAAGGCGGCACUGCUUAUGGGUGUGCUCGAUGAGAGCAAAACUCUCGACUACGGCGAGGUCCUCAUCCAAAUAUCGGAACGGGGUGAUGUAGUGCCCAUCAUCGGACGCGUGGCUAUAGCCAAGAACCCAUGUCUGCAUCCGGGUGAUAUUCGAUUGCUGAAUGCAGUGCGACCACCAUCCGACAAUGCCUACCUGUCCGCUCUGGUUAACUGCCUGGUGUUCCCGGCAAAGGGCAAACGACCACACCCGGACGAGUGCAGCGGAUCCGAUCUGGACGGUGAUCAGUACUUUGUCACGUGGGAGCCGGCAUUGUUGCCAUUGCCCGGGCGUAUCGUGGAGCCUGCUGACUACGACACAGCACCACCGCUGGUACAGCACGCUGUCACCAUCGAGAAGAUCUGCAAGUUCUUCACCGACUAUAUGAAAACCGACGUACUUGGACAGAUCUGCAUCGCACAUCAAGCCAAGGCCGAUACAUCGCCACGCAAGGCCCUGGACCCGAUUUGCCGAGAGCUGGCCGAAAUGCAAUCAACAGCCGUCGACUAUCCCAAGACUGGAGUGGUCGUGGAAAUGAAAAUACGUCAUCGUCCUAAGGAGUUCCCCGAUUUCCUCAAGAAGACCAGCAAGAAUUCCUACAGAUCACAAAAGGUUAUCGGAAAGCUGUUCCGCACCAUAUCCAAUCACAAACCGCCGUUGUUUGAGAGAGCGGGCUUAUCUAUUAAUGAAGCCCUGAUCGUCGAUGGCAUGGGAGAGUAUCUAGACGAUGCCCAGCACCUUUUGUACGAUUACAAUCAGCAGCUGGCCGCUAUCAUGCGUCGCUAUGGUGUCUGGAAGGAAGCUGAAGCAGUUGGAGGCUACAUGGUGAAGGUGACGUCACGCCACCAUCGCAGACAGAAGCUGCAGGAUGUGCAGGCACAGGUACGUUUGGAAACACUACGACUCCGUCAGCACUACUAUGAGCAGAACUUCACUGGUCUGGACCCUGUCACAAGGUGGAGCAAGGCGUCCGCAUGGUACUACGCAGCCUAUGACAGCGGUCCCACCGCCGUUGCCAUAUCAACCAGUAACAAGACGGCAAAGAAGGGCGCACAGUAUCUGCUAAGUUUUGGCUGGAUCCCGUACAGUGAGCUGUGUGAUAUCUUGAAGUCGAGGAAGCCAAUCCGUUAGUGAUGUCUGGUGACCAAUAUUGUCUUGUUGAAGAUAUCACGAUUCAAGUAACCUCGUUCCCUGUCGUUCUAUCAAUCACGCGCACACAUACACACACCACACACGCGCACACACACACACCGCACACACGCACACACACACGCACACGCACGUACACAUAACAAACACACACUCGCAUGCACACAUCCAUAUGCUUACAUGCCACGUGUACGCACAAACGCACACGCGGGCGCACGCACACACCCUCUCUCUCUCUCUCACUCACACAUACACACACAACCACACUCUCACUUGUUCCGUCUCUUCCUCCGUUUCCAACCCAACAGCCUGCCCCAGAGAGUCAUUAGGUGGAGUACGUACACUGCUUGACAUCGUGCACGUUUCGUCAUGCCACUACCCCGGAUACCUACCCAGCAUCUACUAGUACAAUCCAGUAUCUACACUUUCCAAUAUCCAGUACCUACACUGUCCUGUGCAUCUACACGGUCCAGUAUCUACAUGAUUGUACAUGUCUUGUAACGAACGACUGAUGUCACACUGGACGCGUCUUUAUGCCAUUACCCCAUCCCGAUGGUACCUGUCUAGUACUUUCCUGUUUUGUAACCCCGCUGGUCACUGCUGCACAUCAAGCAGGAUGGUGUCCAAACAUUGUACGGUCAUGUGCUUGUCUUGAAAUCUUUUCUUUUUUUUAAAUCUGGAACUGCCACUUGUCUUGAAAUCGAGUGGAUUAUUGUUAAAAAAUAAUUACUCAAAUAUGUCAUAUUAUGGUCUAAGUGUACGUGCGAGUAUGGUUUUUUUGGCUCAGUCUUGUCUUUUCGUCUUUUUCCUUCUGCGCCCCCUACAAGUCUAUUGUUGUGAGAUCUAUCAAACAAGGCCGGUCUAGGCAUCGUGAGAGCUACGUAGCUAACA